AAUCUGCUGAACGAAAAGACUGUAGAUCUUAUUCAAAGCUUAGCUGAAUUCUCAGCUCGGAUUGUGAAGGCAUACAACAGUAAUUCUGAUCGUUUCACAGUCACUUCUCCAUCUUCGAUAAUAGAACUGGUAGCAUCAGCUCGAGAAAGAGAAGGCGAUCAAUCAACAAGAAUGAAUUCAUCAGACUUAGAAGAUAAAGUUUCCGUUCCACAUCUACAAGAUAAUUUCCAUUCACUUAAAAUAUGUGUAAUACGGGUUAAACAAGCUGGGAAGUUUUUAAGUCGAGAUGAUUGUUUGGUGAAGAGUGACCUCGUCAUAACAUCGUUGUCGUCAGAGGGCAGCAGCAGGAAAGGAGAAAUAGAACAUGAUAUUCAUUUCAAAGUCCAUAACGUUCGUAUUGUUUCUAAUCCAUUAUUUUAAGUAUUAUUUAUACGUAUUUUUGAAUACGGUGAGUUUAUAUAUGCUUUUCAAAAUGUUUCGCUAAGAAAAUUAG